CUCCGAAGUUCCAGUCCAUUUCCAUACAUCAUGUUCAAAUUCAAGCUGGAACGUGACGAUUCGGGUGGUAAAAUUCUCCCGAAUUGGUUAAGUUACGACUCCCAGGCAGCCGGUUAAGAUCAAAUCGUCGCACAAAUUACUGUGAACUUAGUUCCAAAUCUCUCGUGACGUUCGAUGGCUGUUUAUAAGGCCCAGGACCCACGUCAAAACCCCCAGGAUCAUGUCACAGGCGUCCACUAUCCAAUUUCCUUCUCGCGACCCUUCUCCUGCACCUAAGAAUCACGACUACAAUUCUGACGCUUCAUCGGUGUCAUCAUCUUCUUCAAGUUUUCGUCGACGGCGGCGCCGUGCGGGUGUCGUCGGGGCUGAUGCAUUGCGGGCAAUCUCUAUAUCAAGUGCAGCCUCUUCGGACUCUGGGCACAGUGAUCAAUCUGAGUCAGAGGUCGAAGAAGCACCGGUGCCUAUCCCAAGAGGUCGUGAGGAAAUAUGUUCGGAAAGACCUGGGGGCAGAAGAGUUAGCAGAAAGCCGAAAGUAGUGAAGCUGAGAAUAGAGCUCCAUCUGGAGAUAGAUAUGACGAUAAAGGCGAAGAUACGUGGGGAUAUCACCCUAUCACUCUUGUGAGUAAGGUCUAUCUAGCAAGCAUGAAACGUUGGUGUUGAUUAUCCGCCAGCCGAUGAUAUUUACGCCAGCCAGUGAUUCAGUGCAGCAGUUGGGCAAAGGCUAGUUUCGGUUUCACCUUUGUUCAGUUUCCGAAGCUGAUACUACAAUGCUCUCUAGGACUU